UAAUGCCAUCCUCCACUGUUCGAAUCGCCCUCUCCCUCUUUCCACUUCAUCAUCAUCAUCAUCAACGAUGAGACGAACAGACGAGGAGUCGCCCCUCCUCCACAAUGACACUCAAGUCGAUUGUGCCACUGGACGUCCAGAACACGGCAACGAGACACCGAUCCCUUGGGGUCAGUUCUCCAUCACUCUCGUUCUUCAGUUGGCAGAGCCAAUGUCUUCACAGGUCAUUUAUCCGUUCGUGCCACAGCUCAUCCGCGAAACGGGUGUAACGGGUGGUGACGACAAGAAGGUCGGUUAUUAUGUUGGUAUUAUGCAAAGCAUAUUCUUUGCCACCCAGGCAUUGACUGUCCUUCACUGGUCUCGCAUCUCGGAUAGCGUCGGACGUAAACCCGUAAUUCUGGUUGGCCUUCUUGGGCUCGCUCUCUCUAUGUAUUGCUUUGGUUUGGCAAGGUCCUUCCCUGCACUCGUUAUCGCGCGUUCGUUGAAUGGCGCUCUAAAUGGCAACAUCGGUGUUGUAAAAAGCAUGAUGGGCGAGCUUACUGAUAGUACGAACGUCGCGCGCGCAUUCGCGUACCAACCCAUUUCGUGGUCGACCGGUGCAACUAUCGGUCCCCUUAUCGGCGGUGCUCUGUCGCACCCGACAGAGCGUUUUCCGGAUCUCUUUGGCGGAAAUGCGUUCUUGGAGAAGUACCCGUAUUUCUUACCGUGCUCAAUACCCGCGACAUUCAGCAUUUUGGCAUGGUUUGUCACGCUUGUAUGGCUGAAAGAAACGAACCCGACUGGAUUUUCUGUUCGUGCGCUCUUCCGCCGCAUAUUACCGCGAAAGAAGGCAUCUUUGUUCCUAAAGAUCGACCCUGGACGCAAUACUCCAGCGAUUCCGAAAGCCCCUCCUCUUAGGACACUCCUUACCCGGCCCGUUCUACUUAGUACAACAACCUAUGCUCUUCUAUCUUUAUUAGAUAUUGCAUACCGCGCUCUCCAGCCCGUCUUCUACGCUACUCCGCGUUCACUAGGUGGCCUCGGUCUUCCGCCUCAUACAAUUGGUAUUUUCCUCGCGUUCCUCGGAUUUGCGAACGGUGUAUUCCAGGUUAGCUGUUUUGCGAGGCUGACGAAGCGAUGGGGGAACAGGAGGGUAUACUUAUUGGGCAUUGCGAGCGCCAUUCCGAUUUUUGCACUAUUCCCAGUUAUGAGCGCGAUCGUUCACGCGGAGGAUCAAGUGAAGAUGCAAGGCGAUACAGUAGACGUUAGAAUAAGCCCCGUACUUGUGGGACUUGUUUCGCUUCAGUUGGGCUUGACGUUAUUGCUGAACAUGUGCUAUGGGAGUGUGUUUAUCUAUAUUACUGCCGCUGCGAGUGCUAUUUCUCUUAAACUGGCAUCAACUUCUACCUCUAUUCGUCCGACCCGUCCUGCAAUUUCGUCUUCCUCGUCCAGUUCGACGCUCGCACCUACGAUGUCGUCUGUCAGGAAAUACACUGAACCUGAUUCCUCCCCUUCAUCUCUGCUCAAAGUCCCUCAACUCUCUGAAUCGUCUCUUUGCCAGAAUCCUCACUCUCGCGAAAGAAAGUCAAAGAAGAAGAGCGGCAAAAGAACGCUCGGUGCAGUUAACGGUCUCGCACAAUGUACAGUCUCUAUCAUGCGUUGUAUUGGGCCUUACAUUGCUUCUUCCCUAUUCGCAAAAGGGCUGGCUUGGGAAUAUGGACGCGAUGCUGGGACUGGCGGGGAUGGUGGUGGGAUGAUUCCUGGUGAAGGAGGUAGUGGUGAGCCGAUUGCGGAUUUCCAUCCUGGUUCGCUUGCCGUUGAGUUUCUUCGCUCGGGCCAAGAAAUGUUUGUGUUCGGUGGUGUCCAGGCGGAGAACAUAUGGCAAAGAAUGGGAGGCCUGACAGUCUAUACUGUCAUGAUUGCACUUACGUGUGCUACUAUUGUUGUCGGAAUGAGGUUACCUGAGGUUCCUUGGAAUGCUGCUGAAGAAGACGACGAGGAUGAUGAUGUGGAAGUUGAAGUCGCUAGCGUGAACGACGAACAAUGACGAAGUGCUUCAUAGUGUGUAUUUCGGAUCAACUCUCUUUUUUGGUGCACCUGAUAGUGCCUUCUUGGGAGGUUCUUUUUCUUUUAUGACCUAUCACGACGAAUCGUUCGGGUAGACACAAAAAUGUAGAUAAUUUUGUUGUGUUGGGGUUG